ACAUCCAAAUAGUUAGGUUCGUUGUCGUUAUAAAUUUGAAGUUUUUGAAAAUACUACCUAGCAUUAUGUUAUCAAAAUUAGUGAAAAGGGCUAUACUGGGACAACCCCGAUUGCCUGGAUUCCUAAAGGCCAUCCGCAACCUGACUGUAACCGAGCUGGAGACCAAGGGGAAGUACACACUCAAGGUCAAUGUAGAACCCUUCAAAGAAGACGAGGUUCAGUACACAAUACAAGAAGACCAUAUCACGAUCGUUGGGAAAAGAGGAGAGAAAACUGGAAAGAGUGACUUCUUCCAUGGGAUGGACACGAAAGUCUCCCUCCCUCCAACCAUCAAGCAUGACACCAUCAAGACAAAGUUCGACCAAGGGAAUGUCAUCGUUGAAGCUGAUUCCAGUGUACAGUAAUUUAUGACAUUGUAAUUAAAAUAUUUUAAAACUUA